GCACACACAAAUUGAUCAAUUGAUUCAUGUCCGUCUGGUUGUCAUGAUCACACCCACACACACAGCCUCAUCGAAUCAAGCCGACAAUAUUGUCAACAACACAAAAUGGUUGAUCGUCACCCUCUCUCGGCAUCACCAUAACCAACAUACCACACCAACACAAAAACACCACCCACUCACUCCACUCGCCGACCGGUCGGUAAGUCAGUCGGACAGUCAGCCGGCCUUGAGAAUGGCCUUGACCAUGUGGCUCCUCACCGCCCCGCCGUCACUGUAGUGCCCCCCGCCCAUCAGGUGUGUGUCAGGGGGCAUCGACGGCAUCGCGUUGGGGCUAUGGACGGCGAAGUCCUUGAUGUAGAGGGUCCAGAAGGUCUUGUAGAAGCGGUAGAUCUGCACCUCCCCUGUUGCCUUGAGGUCGGGCAGCUGCCCCUCGCCCCGCUGCAGCUCGCGACGAACCGCCUGCGCGCACACACACACACUGCAUCUCUCUCUCUCUCUCUCUCUGUGUGUGUGUGUGUGUGUGUGUGCUUUCUGUGCUGCGGCUGUGGGUGCAUUCGCGUCGCCUACCUUGAGGGCUUCAGCGUGCACUCGUUGUGCAAGUUCCUUGGUGAGCAGUGACUCGCUGGUCAUGGCCCGGAGGGUGUCCUUGAGGGCGGCUAUCACCUUUGACUUGCCGUAGACGUCAUCCAUCGGUGUGGCCGUGAGUGCGAUGGAUGGACAAUAGGCAAGGCAGCAGACACUCCACGCCACACCACGCGACGUGCGAGAUCUCC